UAUAAAUGAGUUGAACAUAUGUACGACGUCAGACGAACUGCUUCUCCACAAGUACUUGGAAUUCUGAGCGAGAGAGAGUUGAAUCAAUUGGAGGAAUGUGGAUUUGAUCCAAACAGGAUGAAAAUCAUCAACUUGCGUAGAAGUCCAAAUCUGUUCACCACGGUUCGAUUCUUGCUCAUAUUAGGGUUCCUUUUCUCGCAAUCAAGCCCUACAGCUCUCGCCAAAUCUCGCCGUCCAGUCACUGAUGCUGAAACCAAGCAGAAGAAGCAGGAGUGCUACACUGAUAUUGAGAGCGGGUUGUGGGGUUGGAACUGCAAAUCUUCAGCUAUCGAAAAGGAAAACUGUGCCCUACGAUGUCUUUCUCCUACUUGUUAUGAUCUAGUAUAUGGCAGUGAUCCGCUCGAGGAAGGAGAGAAGGACCUUGCUAGGAGUCAAGAGUAUAAGUAUUGUAUCUAUAAGUUGUCAAUGGGGGAGAGUUUGGAGGGUAUUAAGGGCUCAUUUGACUACUGAUUUCUGUCUGUACUCCAGAGAUCUAUGUUAUAAUUGAAUGCACACCAUUAACUAACUGUGUGGUGUUUCAUUAUGACCAGUUCUUCUGUUCAAAAUCUAAGGUACAAAUCCAGUCCCUAAUUCUUCUUCUUUUUCUUCCUCCAUUCUUUUAUUUACAAGAAAAAAAAAGGGAAAUAUGAUAUGAUAACACUUUACAGUAUCAACGAAAAUCUUGAAAUGGGAAGCACAGGAACUUAUACAAA